AGCGCUCCAACGGGACGGAUUCCGUGGAUCUCCUCCGCGUGGGUGAGAAGAAAUAAAGUGUUUUAAACGCAGAAAGACAGUGUUCAGUGAGUUUAUUACUAGUUUAGAAGAACAUAGUGCGUUCGUAAAGUUAGAUUUUCUUAGAAGUGCAGAAUGUCGAAAGUUUCGAACACCGUGGCACUGGCGCUGGCGGUCAUCGCCUUCGCCUGUCUUACCGACCUUGCCCGGGGCCAUACCUACAAAACCGGCGACUGCCCAUCCGUGGAGCCCAUGAGCGGUUUCAGCAUGAAACAGUUCCUUGGCAUCUGGUACGUCAUCCAGAAGACGGGCACCGCAUCGACCUGCGUGAUCUACAACAUCACCAAAAAUCAGGACACCCCGGACGAGUACUUCAUCGAGCAGAUCUCCCAAAAGGCGCCACUUUCGGUCGCCCCCAUCAAGCACGAGUACUCGUACACUGGCAAGCUUACCGUCACCGAUCGGGACGUUCCUGCCCGGAUGACCGUCCGGUUUCCGCUCAGCGUAGCCGGAUCCGCAAAGUUUGUCGUUUUCAUGAGCGACUACGACACGUACGCUGGGGUGUUUUCGUGCCAGAAGAUACCGUUUGGUCACCGACAGAGCGCAACCCUGCUGUCCAGGACGCGUGAUUUGGAUAAAAUUUUCGUCGACAAGAUUCGCACCCGAUUGGCCUCGUACUCGGUGGAUCCGUUCGAUCUGAGCAUCGUCAACCAAACCGGCUGCCCGAAGGAAGGCGAAGCGGGCUGGAACAUCCACAUCGAUCCGGAUACCUUCUCGACGCGCAACAUCGCGAACGCGUUCCGGAAGGCGGGCGAAGCGAUCGGGGACGGCUUCGAGGCGGCGGUCAACGCCGGCAAAAAGAUCUACAACAAGUACCGUGACACCGACAGCGAGGAGGUGGAGGGUUACGUGGAGGAGACUACCAACCGCUCCGAACGGCUCGUUAACGUCGCCGAGUGGUUACCUUGAGCGGAGGAGAAAGUUUUACCGUGCCGACAUUCCUUUCAGAACAUUCGGUAGUUUUAAUUUAAACGAUGUGACAAUAAAGAACGAAGCCUCCUCACGUAUUA